AUGAAUUCAAGAGACCCACCCAGUAAAAUUUUGUUACUUAUCAUAACUUAUCUACCUCCUUCUUUCCCUCUUACGAAUGAUUACUUGUUCGAGACUUUCAAACAAUACGGAGAGAUCAAGAAAAUACUCAUUUUUGAGAGAGGAAAAACAAACAAGGCAUUCAUUGAAUAUUACGACAUCAAACACGCAAUUUAGGCUAGAAGAGAUAUGAUGGGUAAAUCGAUCACAACUUAGGGAGGCAGGUACUUAUCAAUUUUGGAACUACUUAUAGGCUUCUUAUCCAUUUUUCUCGUUUAAAGUAGCUCAAUCUCGAAGUGGUUGAUCAUACUCGUGGCACUUAAUAUUAACCUCACGAAGUAGAGACACAGGUUUAACCCUAAAAGCAGGUCCAAAAUCUCCCAAAAGCCCCUGUAUUUAUAGAGGAAGAAGCAAAACCCCCCCUAAUUGAUUUAACAUAAGUAUUGAAAUUAGAGGCAGUUGAUGUGUCUCAAGCAUCGGAAGAAUCUCCAACGAAAGCAAUGUUUAAAAUUAUUAUAAAUUUAUAGUAUGGAAACAUAAUUAAAAUAAUUGGAAAGAAUUUUAGAUGAAGAUUAUGCGAAUGAAGUAGCACGAUCUAAUUUAACUCAAUUUGAUGAAUAACAAUAAGUAAUUAAUGAAUUACUGGCUUAAAAACCAUCAAAAUAUUUGAAAGUACAAAACAUAGAUGAGAGAGUGACAGCCAAGAUGUUGUAUAACAUGUUCAAUAGAUUUGGCCAUUUGAAUGCAUUAUUGUUUUAAAAGAAAGACAAUAUUGCAAUCUUACAAUUUGCCAAUAUCGAUCAUGCUACUAUAGCUAAGGAACUGCUCAAUAAUAUUAUGUUUUUCAACAGAGAAGUAAUAAAACCUUAUCAAACUUAGAUAAGAAUAUUGUUUCAUUAGAUUGAUAAUCUUGAAGCUUCAAAUCCUAAUGAAGAAUAUUAUGUUGGAAGUUAAACCAAAUUCAAAAUAGUUCCUCUUAGUAAAGUCCUCGUUUUUUCUGGAAUCAGUGAUCUGCUUGAUAUUCAAGACAUGGUAAAACUUGUUGGGAAAAUUUAAGGUAUUCAUCAAUUUUAUUGAGUAGAAAUUAAAUUGGAAUAGCACAGUAUCUAGAUUACAAUGUUGGAUAUCUAUGAAGCAUUGAAGGUCAUUUCAGUUCUUUCAGAAUACGAGUAUAAGGGAAAUAAAAUUAAUCUAAUUCUUAAAUGA